GUCAUGGCGUGUCGGUGUGUGUGUGAGAGACGGCCAGACAGCGAGGAAGUCGCCCCCAGGGUCUAAUACCGGGUAACCUGACGGGCCGGGCCGCGGGCCGGUGGUUGGGACUUGGAAUUUCUGGAGCAAUUCAAUGGUUCCAGAAGCCGGAGGAUUCUUAGUGUGGUCGAGGUGCUCAGGGAUUACUACAUGGCGAUGCCGGUCGAAGGGCUGGGAAGGACAGGCAAAAAUCGCCGUUUAAAGGCAUGUAUACGGGAGAUGCUCGCUUGCGGGAGGAUCAGGAAAGGAUGGUUGGCCUCACGGCUGGUCUGUGUUACCUCAAUGCGCACAGGACACCGCUGGUUCGGACGUUUGUGUUAGUUGGAGUAGUGGCGGUGCCGUUUGUCACUGUCCGUGUGCAGCUGCCGGAUGCUGGAGUCUUUGGCCUAUGGUUGUUGGUCAAUAAUGGCGUCAAUGGUCAUCGGGUACCGACCGACACAGGGGUGGAGGAAUUACGCCCGCCAGCAGGACCCGAGUCAUAUUUCUCCGGUGACAUUGACGGGUUUGCCGGCGGCAACCCGGUGGGAGUACCGAGUGAGUCGGGCAGGGUUGCCAGCCGAAGUACGGUGAAGUGGCUGUUGCACAUUGGAUUCGGCCGGAGGGCUGAAUUAGGAGUCGGUGUGGUACAGGGUAGGUUGGGAGGUACUGGGGCCAAGCAGUUCCCGAGUCAUUUACCUGCAUUUGAUUCAACUUGGUGACUUUCCUAUUUGGAAGUCCCAUGAGGCCAUGUGUAAACUCUCGUUGUAAUACGAGUUGUCAUGUCGAGUUGAUGUCACAGGUUCGUUGAUAGAA